AUGUCUCCCGCCAGCCAGCUGGCAUCAGUUAAUUUGAUAUUUCAUUUAGAUGAGUUAAUCGAUCAGUUAGGACUAAUAGAAGAAGCGAUCACACUAGCCCGACGCAAUAUCCCCAGCAGCCGCAUCAUUUCACCAGAAAGGAUAACCAUAGCCCAGGAAUUCCUCAGCAACAGUGGUCUUGGAACGGGUGCAGUCGACAACACCCUAGAUAUAUCCAGCGCCUACGUACUGUUUGGUAAGGAAGAAAUUAUUUACACGCUCAAAAUUCCACGAGUCAAAGAUGUGGAAUAUCACUUAAACUACAUAGAACCAGUAAUUUCCAACAACCAUCGAAUCCACUUAACGGCGAAAUACUACGUGAAAGGACUUAAUUCCUUUUUAACCAACACUCCGUGUAAACGGCAUCGAAAUCAAUAUAUCUGCACGAAUUCACAACUAGAACCGUUGGGAAAAUGCGUUCAACAGUUGGUUGAUGGCGAAUCAGCUCAAUGUCCUAUGGAGAAAGUAUAUGGACAAAAUUUCACAAAGCGAAUAGAAGAUGCAAACAUAUUGGUGAGUGCUAACAACGUCACCCUAACAUCAAACUGUUCAAGGCAAGUAAGAGAGCUACGAGGAUCAUACCUUAUCCAGUUCUCUGGCUGUACCAUCAAGUUGAACGACGAGGAAUACACCAACAACAACACCGACGUAUUACAGAAAACUUAUCUUCCAACGACAGGACUAACGGUAACUCCUUCAAAAAUCAUAAACAAGAUGCCUUUACAGUACUUACAGGAAAUCAAUCUGGAGCACCGGAGUCAUAUAGAGCAUCUGAAUAUGACUACGGACAACAUACACUGGCAACUACAUCUGGUUAGCUGGCUCUCAUUUGGAACAUUAUCAACCCUAAUACUAGUGCUCCUAGCAGUAUUAGUUACAAAGACAGUUCUUUCAUUCUUACCAUGCAAAUCGACGCCCUUCUGGAUACCAAGACGAACCAACACGGGAACCAUCAGCACGGAGAGACCUACAGGACCAGGGAUUUCAGGACUAACGCAGGACAACGACACACACCACCACAUCAGGCAACCAAGAUUCAUCCCGCAGGAGCCAAGGAUCGUGAAAGUCGGCGACGACUUUCCAGUAGAGGGGGAAUCGUCAGGAAAAUACUGA